ACAAAUUGGUCCCAGAUAUUGGUGAGGAACUCAACGUGGCAAGGUGCCAUUCCUCUUUCCAAAAAUAAUUUUCAGAGCUAGAGUUACAAUCCUCGUCUGGAGUUCAAAAUGGUGCUGGUGUGAUAAAUGUAACUAGCCAGUGACUUUGAUGUUUGAUUUUGUGAGGUCAUCCUUCUCUAAAGAGCCUCUGCUGCACUGUGAGUUACUUUAACAGUUCAUUGCCCAAAGGGUGGCAUGAUAUACUCUACUGUAAGUACACGUAUGAUACUGGUAGCGGCAUCUCGAGUCAGCAUGUAAAGUCUCCAGCUUGUUAGCAAAUGUAUUCCAAGCAGUGGAUGAUUCCAUUUCCUCUCCUGGUCAUCAGAGUGAAUGUUUUCUCCCUUAUGAUCUCUGCAAGCAUUUCUGAAGAUAUUAACUGACACGAUCUCAUGACUUGUUUGUGAAACUGAAAUGAAACAACACCUCAGCAUGGCCAAAGGCGAGAGACACAAGACACAGCUAUUUUAUUUAUUAGUGAUUGGGCUCAUUCUCUGCUCCACGGUUCAAACAGAUGCUCAGAAGUCGUGUGCAGGCCAAUGUGGAAACGAACUGGCUGAUUGUUCCUGUCAUGCGAGUUGUUACCCAUUGGGAAUCUGUUGUCCAGAUUACUGGAGACUCUGCUUAAGGACAUCUCCUCAGUCAGGAACCUUAAUGGGAGGCAAAGAUUUUGUCAUAGUUAACAAUACAUUUAAAGCUGAAGACAAGAUAACCUGCAGGUUCAAAAAUUCCAUUGUUACCAUGGGGUAUGUUGAUGAUGAAAAGAUGGCUCACUGCAUUUCACCAUUACUCUAUGAAAAUGGAAGGAUACCUUUUGAAUUGUCUACAGACGAUGGAAAGACCUACCUUCACCAGGGGACAUGGGUAGCAGUGCAUCACGGUAAAUAUUCGCCCUUGAAGAAAGCUGUGUUACAUAAUGAGACCAAAUGGCAAUACUAUGGUACACCUGGUGUCACUGGGACCCUGACGCUCAUGUGGAACAAGUCGACAAUCCCACAACAGUUGGUACAGAUUGAACUCUGGGGUUACCAAGAGAACGGUUUACCGUACUCCGAUUCCUGGAAGGGAGUUUGGACAUAUCUAUACUCACUUGUAAAAUCUGUUCAGAACAGUGGAAUAUUCACCUUCACCCCCCAACCUGCUCAAACGGCCUAUUUGAAAUGGGAGAUUGGAAUGUUACGGAUCACUGGCCAGAUGGAACCAGAGGGAGCACGGAACGUAAGGGCACUCUGGAGUCCAAGUCACGCUCUCGCCUGGCACCUGGGAAAAGACUUCAGGGGAAAUUCUGCUGCCUGGGCAAAAGACAAGUGCCUAAAAUGGGUCGAGCUUGAAAAAACCCUUCCUGAUUUCCUGUCGGAGAUCGCAGACUGUCCCUGUACAAUGGCACAAUCUCGAGCCGAUACAGGGCGAUUUCACCCAGACUACGGAUGUGACAUUGAACAUGGGAGUAUGUGCACCUACCAUCCCGGAGCUGUCCACUGCGUUCGAGCUAUACAAGGAAGUCCCAAGUAUGGAGCAGGCCAACAGUGCUGCUACAAUGCCAAAGGCAACCAGAUUCUGACCAUAGACUCCACAGGAGGGAGCACUCCUGACCGGGGACAUGACUGGGGCUCCCCACCAUACAAGAGACCCCCCCGGGUGCCUGGCUUCUCCCAUGGUCUCUACGAUGUGAUUAGUUUCUAUUACUGCUGCCUGUGGUCUGAUAACUGCCAGCAAUACAUGGAUCUGCGGCCUUCCAGUGACUGUCGCACCUACAGGCCGCCGAAGGUUGGCACAGCAUUUGGGGACCCGCAUCUCUUUACGUUUGAUGGUACUAACUUCACUUUCAAUGGGAGGGGAGAGUACACCCUGGUAACAGGAGAAGGAAAUUCUACAAGUGAAACUUUGCAAAUACAAGGAAGGACAAAAAUAAUCAAAACUACAGAAGGAACGAAUGCACAUGUGACUGGCUUUACUGCCGUUGCCAUGCAGGAGGGUAACUCCGAUUUAAUUGAAGUCCGUAUCCCUGACCAUCCCGGUGAGAGCAGCGUGGAGGUACUGGUCAACAAAGAAAUUGUUACUUUCAAUGAACAGAACUGGAUGGAUCUUAAACGGGUUUUCCUCUACUCGCCCAUCGUGCAUCAUGUUACCAUCAUGUUUCCCUCUGGAGCUGGCGUGGAAGCACGAGCCAGGGGCACAAUAUUGAGCAUCACUAUCCUGUUGCCGGAGACGUUUAUGAACCAGACGGAGGGUCUGUUUGGAGUGAUGAACAACGACCCGAAUGAUGACUUCACAUUCAGAAACGGAUCAACUCUCCCGACCGACACAAGUCAGGAGAUGCUCUAUGAGCUCGGUGCCAGCUGGGCGAUUGAAAAUAAGAGCUCACUAUUUACCUACGACAGUCAGUUUUUGUUGGACCAUUACUGCCGUGCUCCCAAGCAUGAUCUGAAUUUCACACCUGUAUUCCAAGUGCCAGACGACCCAAGCAAUCCAUUAUAUGUUGACAUGACUACCCUGUGCCAAGGGAAUGAGUUUUGCCGGUUUGAUACUCUUGCAACCAAAAGCCUCCAGCUGGGAAAUGCAACCAAGCUCUCAUAUGAGAAUUACCAAAUGCUGGUUGAAAGCCUUGAACCAGUUAUUUCCUGUGGGAUUUUGGAAGAGCCCAAGAACGGGAAAAAGAAAGGAAAUAUUUACUUGAUUGGAUCCACUUUGAAUUUUACCUGUAAUGAGGGCCAUGUAUUUUUAAAUUCAGGAUCGAACCUGCCUAUGCGCACUUGUCUGCUCAUUCCACACUGGAUGGGAGAAGUCGCUCAUUGUGUUUCUGAAAACGUUUUGGGCAUCGUGUUGGGAACUCUGCUUGCGAUAUUUUCCCUGGUGCUAAUUGGAGUGCUCUUGUACAUGAAUGAAAAACGAUUGAAAAGGAAAAAAGCCAAAAUGGCUCAAAAUUCAUUUCAAAAUGCCAAUCCAGGGAAAAUUGAUAUGUAACUUUAAAACGAGAACACGUUACCCUGGUCGAACCCCCCUCACUCACCCUGAUCACCGAACGACUCUGUACCUCACUGUUACCCAGUGAACACAGUCUACAAGGUGGAAGGUGGAUCCUUAUUUUAUUUCAGAAGCCUUCAAAAAAAUGGAAAGCACAUCUCUCAGGUUGUUGUGGAAUAAUCUUUCAGGCAGCUCUGUGCUAUAGUGGCUAAUUAAUUAAAGCUGUAUCCUGCUCAAAUGAUCAUGUUAAUAAUAGCUGGACCAGCCAAAACAUUGUUGGGUUUGUCGAUCAUGGUAUCAACACUUAUCUACAGUGUUCAUUAUCCAUUGGGAUUGUUAUCCAUCUUCAGCCCAAUGUAUAUUUUGACUUUGCCCCGAAUCACCUGCUCAGUCCCUUUGGUUAAGGAGCUGGGGUGUGGACAGUUCUUUGUUCAGCUCUUACAGAAGAGAUCCAGAAGUGGUUCAUUGUUAAUUUUUCCAACCUGGUUGCUCAUCCAUUUCCCACACACUUCAGAUUUUAAUUUCAUUUGAAUUUUAAAAUAUAAUCCACUUGAAUUGCUUUAUUUGUGUCAGUCUACUGUCCUAGACUAGCUUAAUCUGUAAUACAUGUAAGGUUUCAGCACUCCACCUGCAGUAUAGACAAGUUGAAUGUUGCCAUUGUUGCCUUUAGCAAGGGUUACCAGAAGCAAGAUGUUGCCCAUUGUAGGUAGAUAAAAAUGCUGGAGAAACUCAGCGGGUGAGGCAGCAUCUAUGGAGAGCAUCUAUGCCCAUUGUUGUUCCUUUGCAAGGGAAGGAAAAGCUCAGAAGACCCAUGU